GAUUCCAACGCAGUGACCCCAAUGUCGGAGGAAAAUGGUGCAAUCAUCGUUCCAGUAUACUAUGCUAAUUUAGGAUCGAGGCAUUCUUCGUAUACCUCUCAUCAAUCGCGUAUUUCGUACACAUCUCACGGCGAUCUUCUCGGUGGAAUGACAAAAGAAAGUCGUUUACGCAAUCGAACUGCGCGAAACACCAAUCAUUCAACCGUGCCCCCUCCGAAUGCAACUAAUCUCUGCUACGCCGAUACUAACCAUAAGGGACAACGCGAUUUCGACAUGUCACAAGACUGCACAGAUGAAGCAGGCAAAAUUAAACACAACGACAAUCCUUUCAUAGAGCCUACUCAAACGCAAACUGUUGUAGAUAUGAAAGACGUAAUGGUGUUGAACGAUAUCAUCGAACAAGCUGCUGGUCGGCAUAGUAGAGCUAGUGAGCAUGGAGAGGACGACGACGAGGACGGUCCCACGCUCAAGGAUAAGGCCAUGGAGUUCCUAAUGAAGAUAAUUGACAUCUUCUGCGUCUGGGACUGUUGCUGGGUUUGGUUAAAGUUUCAAGAAGGUGUAGCUUUUAUAGUGUUUGACCCAUUUGUGGAGCUAUUCAUUACGCUCUGCAUCGUGGUGAAUACGUUAUUCAUGGCUUUAGAUCAUCACGAUAUGGAUCCCGACAUGGAAAAAGCGCUCAAGAGUGGCAACUAUUUCUUCACUGCAACCUUUGCUAUCGAAGCAUCUAUGAAACUUAUCGCCAUGAGUCCUAAGUACUACUUUCAGGAAGGUUGGAACAUCUUCGAUUUCAUAAUUGUUGCGUUGUCCCUGCUAGAGUUGGGACUAGAGGGAGUACAAGGAUUGUCAGUAUUACGAUCGUUCCGUUUGCUGAGAGUGUUCAAACUGGCAAAAUCGUGGCCCACGUUAAAUCUGCUCAUCUCUAUCAUGGGUCGGACGGUUGGUGCUCUAGGCAAUUUAACCUUCGUCUUAUGUAUCAUCAUUUUCAUCUUUGCCGUCAUGGGGAUGCAACUUUUUGGCAAGAACUACACAGACAAUAUGGAUAGAUUUCCCGACGGCGAUCUGCCCAGAUGGAAUUUCACAGACUUCAUGCACUCCUUCAUGAUCGUGUUUCGUGUACUAUGUGGAGAGUGGAUCGAAUCAAUGUGGGACUGUAUGCUCGUCGGAGAUGUGUCAUGCAUCCCAUUCUUCUUAGCCACUGUGGUAAUUGGAAACUUGGUGGUACUUAAUCUUUUCUUAGCUUUGCUUUUGUCCAAUUUCGGAUCAUCAUCACUCUCUGCACCAACGGCAGAUAACGAGACAAAUAAAAUCGCUGAAGCGUUUAACCGAAUUUCCCGCUUCUCUAACUGGAUCAAAAUGAACAUAGCGAAUGCACUAAAGUUUUUCAAAACUAAGUUAACAAGUCAAAUUGCGUCCGUGCAGCCAGCAGAGCAUGGUGAAAAUGAGCUGGAACUUACUCCAGAUGACAUACUGGCUGAUGGGCUGCUGAAAAAGGGAGUCAAGGAACAUAACCAGCUGGAAGUGGCCAUAGGCGACGGCAUGGAGUUCACAAUUCACGGGGAUCUCAAGAAUAAGGGCAAAAAGAACAAGCAACUCAUGAACAAUUCGAAGGACGAUGAUACUGCCAGUAUUAAAUCUUACGGUAGUCACAAAAAUCGCCCAUUCAAGGACGAAAGCCACAAAGGCAGCGCCGAAACUAUGGAAGGCGAAGAAAAACGUGAUGCCAGUAAGGAAGACCUCGGAAUUGACGAAGAACUAGAUGAUGAAGGUGAGGGCGAAGAAGGUCCCCUAGACGGAGAGCUCAUUAUACACGCGGAAGAAGAUGAAGUGAUAGAAGAUGCACCUGCUGAUUGCUGCCCAGAUAACUGCUACAAAAAGUUUCCGAUUCUUGCCGGAGAUGACGAUGCCCCUUUCUGGCAAGGCUGGGGAAACUUGCGUCUGAAAACCUUUCAGCUUAUCGAGAACAAGUAUUUUGAGACUGCUGUUAUUACUAUGAUUUUGCUUAGCAGCUUGGCUCUGGCCCUCGAAGAUGUACAUCUUCCACAGCGACCAAUUCUUCAAGACGUCCUGUAUUACAUGGAUAGAAUAUUCACAGUCAUUUUUUUCAUAGAGAUGUUAAUCAAGUGGUUAGCUUUAGGUUUCAAAGUAUACUUUACUAAUGCUUGGUGUUGGCUUGAUUUUAUAAUUGUCAUGGUAUCUUUGAUAAACUUCGUUGCUUCACUUUGUGGGGCUGGUGGUAUUCAAGCAUUCAAAACCAUGCGAACUCUUAGAGCCCUGAGACCGCUACGUGCCAUGUCCCGUAUGCAGGGAAUGAGGGUUGUCGUCAAUGCACUGGUGCAAGCUAUACCGUCCAUCUUCAAUGUGUUGCUGGUUUGUUUGAUAUUCUGGCUGAUUUUCGCCAUCAUGGGUGUGCAGCUAUUUGCAGGAAAAUAUUACAAGUGUCUGGACAGCAACAAAACAACAAUAUCUCACGAGAUAAUACCAGAUAAGAACGCGUGCACGGCCGAGAAUUAUACGUGGGUGAAUUCACCGAUGAACUUCGAUCAUGUUGGAAAAGCAUAUCUGUGUCUAUUUCAAGUCGCUACAUUCAAGGGCUGGAUACAAAUAAUGAACGAUGCAAUAGAUUCGCGAGAUGUUGAUAAACAACCGAUCAGAGAAACAAACAUCUAUAUGUAUCUGUACUUUGUGUUCUUCAUCAUUUUUGGAUCCUUCUUUACGCUUAAUCUAUUCAUUGGUGUGAUUAUUGAUAAUUUUAACGAACAAAAAAAGAAAGCCGGCGGAUCGUUGGAAAUGUUUAUGACAGAGGAUCAGAAGAAAUACUACAAUGCUAUGAAAAAAAUGGGAUCCAAGAAACCACUCAAAGCUAUACCCCGCCCGAGGUGGCGACCACAAGCAAUAGUGUUUGAAAUUGUAACAAACAAGAAGUUUGAUAUGAUCAUCAUGUUAUUCAUCGGAUUUAAUAUGCUCACAAUGACUCUCGAUCACUACAAACAGUCGGAAACAUUCAGCGCCGUACUUGAUUACUUAAACAUGAUCUUCAUCUGCAUUUUCAGCAGUGAAUGUUUAAUGAAGAUUUUCGCUUUGCGCUAUCACUACUUCAUAGAGCCGUGGAAUCUAUUUGAUUUCGUUGUUGUUAUUCUGUCCAUUUUAGGUCUGGUCCUCAGUGACCUUAUCGAAAAGUAUUUUGUAUCGCCCACACUCUUGCGUGUUGUCCGAGUGGCGAAGGUGGGUCGCGUUUUGCGCUUAGUUAAGGGUGCUAAAGGUAUACGAACGUUGCUGUUCGCCUUGGCUAUGUCGCUACCAGCGCUGUUCAACAUCUGUCUGCUGCUUUUCCUUGUGAUGUUCAUCUUUGCGAUCUUUGGAAUGUCGUUCUUCAUGCACGUUCAAGAUAAGAGCGGCUUAGACGAUGUGUACAAUUUCAAAACCUUCGGACAAAGCAUGAUAUUGUUGUUCCAGAUGUCAACUUCGGCUGGAUGGGAUGGUGUACUGGAUGGUAUUAUCAAUGAGGAAGGCUGUUUACCACCCAAUACCGACGAGGGAUAUCCUGGCAACUGUGGCUCAGCUACCAUCGGAAUCACAUACUUGCUGGCGUAUCUAGUUAUCAGCUUCCUGAUCGUCAUCAACAUGUACAUCGCUGUCAUUCUCGAAAACUACUCCCAAGCCACUGAAGAUGUGCAAGAAGGUUUGACGGAUGAUGACUACGAUAUGUAUUACGAAAUAUGGCAGCAGUUUGAUCCCGAUGGCACUCAGUACAUUCGACUCGAUCAGUUAUCGGAUUUCUUGGACGUACUGGAACCACCCCUGCAAAUACACAAGCCCAACCGCUAUAAGAUAAUCUCAAUGGAUAUCCCUAUCUGCCGGGGGGACGUGAUGUUCUGCGUCGAUAUUCUGGAUGCAUUGACGAAGGAUUUCUUUGCACGUAAAGGAAACCCUAUCGAAGAAACGGCCGAGCUGGGUGAAGUGCAGCAGAGACCCGACGAGGUGGGAUAUGAACCGGUAUCUUCAACCCUCUGGCGGCAGCGUGAAGAAUACUGUGCCCGGCUGAUACAACACGCCUGGAAGCGCUAUAAACAACGCCACGGGGGCGGAGGCGCCGAUGGUUCCGGUGAUGACCAGCAAUCGGAUGCCUGUGAUAACGGCAACGAAGGGGGCACGAGAAGUGAUGACGACGGUAAUGGAGGAGGUGGAGCUGGUACCGCAGGCAAUGACACUGGGUCUCGUGCCGCAGGUACAGGUAGUAUAGGAGGAGGCAGCACCACUCCUGGUAGUGGUAAGAGUAAAGGAAUAUUAGGAGGAUCUCAGGCAAAUGUAGGUAUAGUGGAUCAUAGCUUAUCACCUAAAGAGUCACCAGAUGGAAACGGUGAUCCGCAAGGCCGACAAACGGCCGUUCUUGUCGAAAGUGAUGGAUUUGUUACUAAGAACGGACAUCGUGUCGUAAUACACUCACGAUCGCCCAGUAUAACAUCACGUACGGCAGAUGUCUGA